GCUGGUGUUGUGGUUUAAAGAUGAGCCACGGACAAACGAGCGUUUUGAAUGUUUUCCGGGUCGACGCGCCGUUGCCAUGUUUGAACGGGCCCAUGCUUGGUUGGACUGUGGGUUUGAGGAAGCUCGUCCGCCCGGUAGUCGGAGCGGAGGAGGGGGACUCGCCAGCCAGAGCUUCGGGCUGUGAGCGCGCCGCUGACGGGCACCGACUACAUCUCCUCCACGGCAGCUUCGGUCAGCGCCGCAAGGCGCACACGCUCGUCCCAGAGGUUGUUUCGUGACACAUCCAGAUUGAACCAUGUGAUUACCUUUGGAGGCAGCUGCUCUCCAAAGCUUGACGAACCCUCCAACUUUCACUAGAAUGUACUUGAUGAAUGUACCUCCUGUCGCAGCGACGCAAACAGAAUGGAGAAGAUGUGGCCCAGCUGGAGGCUAUAGCCUUCCAGCUUGCUUCAAUGAAUCUGACUCAGAGUUGUCCACCAGAGACACACCUAUAUCAAACAAGGUCCAGAUGAUCAUUGAGAGCCUGAGGAGCACCCAGUCCUCAAUCGAGAUGGGCGACGAGAUUGAGGAGAGCAUCUCUUCAGGACAGGAAGGCCAUACUCAAGCAUGCAGGGUUCCUGUGGGUUCCGAUGUGGGAGCCAAGUCCAAAACUAAAAGCCCCAUUGAAAACCCACAGACUCAUUUUCCUUCCAUAAACAACCAUGUGAACAGUGAUACCGACAGUGACGAUUCUGUGGACAGGGGGAUAGAGGAGGCGAUACUGGAGUACCUAAAAGAAAAAGAUGGUCACAAACGCAAGGCAGAACCAUGCUCACAUUUCCUUCAGUCUUCAAAAAUUCCAAGAAAAAAUUCACCGCUUCUUGAGGUUUCCAAACAAAACUCUGAUGGCAACACUUCCUUGAUUUCCAUCAGCCAGCUCCAAAGAAGUGUCAACGCUGAGCCCUCAACAGCGCAAGCAGGAAUUCCUUUAAAAAAGUAUAUAAAAAACAAAGCAUCCCUAGAUGACAACUUCGAUUUGAGUCGAGGAUCGUGCAGUGUAGUUAUCUCAAAGGAGCAAAAAAAUGACUCAUCUGAAAUGAUGAGCAUUUUCCCCCAAACUAUGAAGUUCCCAGUCACAGUUAAGGUGGAAGAAGAAUUGGAUGAUUCCAGCAGUGAUGACGGAAUCGAGGAGGCCAUCCAAAGAUACCAGUUAGAACAAAAGGAGCUGCAGAGCAAAAAGGAACCUUUCAGUCUGAGCUCGUUCCAAGAUGAGUCUGACUCCACUAGUGAUGAUGGCAUUGAAGAAGCUAUCCGCUCCUACCAGCUUGAGCAGCUCAGAGAGAAGAGUGGCCUUAAAUCAUUCCUACACAAGCAAAAGCCCUGUAGCAAUAAUGCGUUAAUGCAAGCUGUUGGGAGUGCAAGCUCAGAAAAUAUGAAAAAGCACAAACUGAAGAAAAAGAAGAGCAAAUCAGAGAAUCAGUUGAAAAUAUCCCAAAGUCCUCCAUCAUCUGAUUUGAAACCUAAAUCUUCACUUUUAAAUAUCCCAAAAGACAAAGGAAAUGGCCUACUUUCUUUUAAAGUAGAACAUUUUAGGGAGCAACCAACCCCUGCGCCACCCAAAGUUAAUACAACUGCUGAACUAAUGUGUGCUGAAGCAAUACUGGACAUUUCCAAAACCGUCAUGCCUGGACCCUUCCAUCAGGAGAUUGGCUUCGGCGCCUGUGUCCCAACUGGGGCUGCCACACAGCCUUCUCUUCCUGACGGCAAAGAAAGCAAUGACAGCUCUGUUGACAGCGAGGAUGGGAUUGAACAAGAAAUUAGGAAAUUCCUUGCACAGAAAGCCCAAAUGCACAAACAGCUGCCGAAUACUCAAGAACCCGGUGAUGCGAAAGAAUCGGAGAAAGUGAACGCAAAAGAAUUUGCUGUCCAAAAGAAAACACAGAGGUUGUCUUUAACGCAGAGAAGAAAACAAAGGGAGAACCACCUUCUUGUUUCCAGUGUGCUGGGAACAGACAACAGGGGCAAAGACACAGUCUCCAAGUCUCACUUUGAACUGGCUAAGGAAUCAAACUUGUCUGCGUUUUCUCAGAGAGGUCAAACACAACCAGACACGGCAUUACACAGGACUGAGCAAAGCGGAGAAAAAAGCAGCUCGCUCGACAGCGACGAAGAUCUCGAUACUGCCAUAAAAGAUCUGCUCAAGACAAAAAAGAAGUCAAAGAAAAAGGUCAGAGACGUGAAAAAGAAAUUCAGCAAGUGCAUUAAGGCGGAAGAACCGAUGUCAGGAAUUUCUCUUUCCACCAAAAUGUUGAAAUCCGGGCCUGUUUACAAGUUUUGCGCUUUGAAAAAAGUAAGCAAAUCUAAAGACGGCGUAAAGGAUGAGUGCAGGUUAUUGAAAAUGAACGUGUCACAGCUAAAGCAAAUAGCUAAAAAUACGAAGCAACCAGCAGACAUCGUGGCAGAGGCAGAAUUUGGAGAUGCACAGUCCCUGCACGCCUCUGACACCCUGCCUCAAAUAAAGGACGACAGCAGCUCUGUAGACAGCGACGACAGCAUUGAGCUGGAGAUUAGAAAGUUCCUGGCUGAGAAGGCUAAAGUUUUGAAUGCAGAGCAAAGAAAAGAUGAAGAUGUAUGUAGAAAUGGGACAGUCAUGGUUCAACAGGCUGACCUAAAACAGGAAACUCAGCUGGCUGAGUGUCCAAGAAUGAUUGGCCUUCCAUCUGCAUCCCUAAGCCGUUCAGCUGAAGAUCAGAUUUCCCAGAGGCAGCCACCGGAGGUCUCCUCAAUCACUCCACCAUCACACACGUCCUCUGUCCAGUCCUGCAGUUCUAGUCUUCAGGAACCAGCAGACGGAGCAGGGGCAACUAAAAACCAGCAAAAGAGGCCUGACGAUGAAGCCACUUCACAAAUGGACAGGAGUCGGCCAGUUUCGAGUCCAACCACUGCUCAGUCUCAGUCAAUCAAGUGGCGCCAGAGUUUGGGGCUUCCCAUUUCUGACCAAAGGGCUCCUACUCGGACUUUGUUUCAUAUCACCUCAUCAGAAAACAAAGAGACCGCCUCUGCCACUCUUUCCUAUCCAAACAGGGACCUCAAAUUACAGACACCUGCCUCCACUUGGUUCUCAUCGAGGACCGGCAGAGUUCCAUUUUCAUUCUCCUCCGAGACUGCCGUAAAUGCCACAGUCAGACCCCCCGUUUUGAAGUUCUUCUCUGCUGCCAGGCAGCAGUCACAGAUGACUUUUGCACAGAGCCUUACACCAAGUCACAGGUCCCCCUUCCCCUUAGAGGAGGAAAAAGCCAGCAUGGUGCACGUGCCGAAGGACAAGAGUGUAUUUGUUGAACUGGAGUCUAAUAGGACCAACCAUGUCCAGGUUCAAAGCAGGGACAGGGGUGAGGGAAAGGAGAGGGCGGACUCGCUAAAUGAGAGAAAAGCAGAAGGCAAGAGUUCAAAGAUAGAUAAUGAAGAAGUGCAUCAAGACAGGAAGGAUGAAGAAUUUAUAGACGAGUCAGAUUGUGAAUCAGACAGCAGGAGAGAUCCAGGAAAGAAGCAGGGCUUUGCCGCGUUGUAAGUAUUUGCUUUGAUCAUUAUUCAUCCACAGCACCAUAUUUCUGUUAGUAGUGUCUUAAUUCUGCCCUUCUAAUUAAGAAAAUCCUGUCUGCUUGUGGUUUUGCUCAGUCGUGUACAGGCUCCAACGGAACACUUAUAAUAAAUCAUGCACUUCAAAAUAAAAGACAUUUGUACAGUUUAGCAGAUCUGUAACAGAAUGGCUGCAUCGGGAUUUCUGUUUUACUAGUCGUGCCCUUUAGGUAAGUCACAUGACUGAUAUUUUUGAAAAGCAAUACGGUGACAUUUUCCUACAAGAGGAAUUAGUUGUGAUCAUGGAGUCGCACGAUUAUUUCCAAUGGAAGGUGUAAUUUUAUAGGAUGUGAUCAUGACGGGUUUGAGAUUAAAAAAAAAAGAAAAGCUAUAAAACUUCCCUGUUCCAAAUGUUCAAAAGUUGUAAUUAAAUCUUCUUGAAGACAAAGAAUGUUUUUAUAUAACGGCUAGUUUCAUUUAUUUGUGGUUCCACUGAGGUAUACGGACAAUUUGUGUUGUUAAAUUGUUAAAUAAAAACAAAAUAACAGAAAUAAAAUAGUUUUUGUCAGCAUUUCAUUAUUUAACCCAGGGUAUCCGCGGGUCCUUAAAAAGUCUUAAAAAGUCUUAAAUUUGCUUUUCCAAAUUUAAGGCCUUGAAAAUCCUUAAAAUUGACAAAUAAUCCUUAAAUCCAGUUUCCAAAGGUCUUAAAUUACCAAAGACCCAAUAAACAAGAUUAUUUUAUUUCUAUAAAACUUUUCGUGAAUUUCUAGUUAGUGUUCAGCAUUUUUUGUGUAUGAUGUUGGCGUAGGCGGAACCGUACACAUUCAGUUGGUUGUGAAAGGGGGCUAUUUUUAGAUGAGCACAUUAGCUGGUUAAGCUAGUGGGAGCUUGCGCCAUGGGGAAGUGCAAGUUUAAUGGUAACUGGAUGGUUAAUCCCAUGUUCACGACGUGGUUAGCACCGGUUCCAGGCAAUAGCUGGAAAUUAUAGCUUAAAUUUAAUUUUAAAAAUUGCUUAAAUUUGGUCAAAGUGGCCUUAAAAGGUCUUAAAAAGUCUUAAAUUUGGCUCCCUUAAACCUGCAGAUACCCUGUAACCAUUACACUUCACCUGCAUCCUCAACAGGAUAGUCGACUGCUUGCUUUUCUGUUUCUUUGACUUUUUAAAAACAGAAAUCAAUAUUUGAUUUUAAGAAUGACAUGUAUUAACUGAUCAAUCAUCAAAGCAGAAGAAGACUGACAAUGCGUGUUAGUUAUGGCUAGAAAAGCACCAAAAGGUCAGCUGAGGAUCAGUAUUGACCAGUUUUUAGCUGUUUUCUAGGCGUUCGGCUGACCUGAAACUCAAAAAUCUAACAUCUUUUGCCAAGUUGUGAGCUCACCAUUGCUAAUGACCAUAUCUUCCAUUUAGACUUUUUAACUUUCAGAAACUUACACUAUAGCCUUAACUGGUAUCAGCCUCCAAAACCAGAAGCAUCUGCAGUCUCAGCCCUAAACGUCAUAAAUAGCUGCGCAGGAAGAGUUUACUAAAUGUGUUUCUAACCAAUCAGAGUUCAGUACUAACAAAACAUAAUCAGAAAUAACCCCUAAAUAAAGUUUAGGGUAAUGAAGUACAUCAGUGGUCUUCCAGUCACUGGAUUCCAUCUUUAAAUCAGCCCUCCACAUAGUUUGUGUGUUGUUGUUUUUUUCAUCUACAAGUGCUAUCUCCCAUCUGAGAUCUGUUUUCGAGCAUGUUGGUCUUGAAAUAAUCAAAGUCCCUCGUGUGAAUUUUGGUCAUUAAAGGACAUUUCCAGCUUUUUUAUGCCACUUUUAAUGUCUCAGACCUAUGAUGAAAGUGUUUGGGAUUCCCCCUGAAACCUCCUACUCUGUCUUUCUUAAAAUGCUAAUUAGCACGUUCAUUUUUUAUUUUCUUUGUGGCAAAAGGCUAUUUAUUUUGUUUAGUAGAAAAAUAAAAAAGAAUCAUCACUGAACAUGCUGUGCAUUGCCGGGUUCUUUUGUAAAUAUUUUUUUAAAGACUUUGCUUUUCCUUUGUUCUUUAAUAUAAAUGAAAAGCAAAGUUUGCUGCAUUAUAAGUGUGAAAUAAAGCGUGGAGUCUAAGCAACA